GAAGAAGCAGAAGAAGAAGAAGCUCAGACUUCUCUAUUAGAAGCGAGCAGACGCUGGACGCUAAAAACCCUCAUAAAGUGUCAUAUUUGACGGACUGAAGUCAGUUUGUGAUUAUGGAGAGCAGAGAGAGCAGAGAGAGAUCUUCAUCUGCUGAUCACAGCUGUGUGUCUCUGAAGAGUGACGGAUCUAUGCCUCAUCCUCCUGACCUCAGUGAUGAUCCAGUGACCUCUGACCCCAGGAUCUUCAGGAGGAGGAAGAGGAAGAGAUCUUCAUCUGCUGAUCCCAGCUGUGUGUCUCUGAAGAGUGACAGAUCCAUGUAUAAUCCUCCUGACCUCAGUGAUGAAGCAGUGACCUCUGACCCCAGGAUCUUCAGGAGGAGGAAGAGGAAGAGAUCUUCAUCUGCUGAUCCCAGCUGUGUGUCUCUGAAGAGUGACGGAUCUAAGCCUCCUCCUCCUGACCUCAGUGAUGAUCCAGUGACCUCUGACCCCAGGAUCUUCAGGAGGAGGAAGAGGAAGAGAUCUUCAUCUGCUGAUCCCAGCUGUGUGUCUCUGAAGAGUGACAGAUCCAUGUAUAAUCCUCCUGACCUCAGUGAUGAAGCAGUGACCUCUGACCCCAGCAGAGCAGAUGGAGAGCGAAGCAUCUCUGGAGGAGCCGCCUCUGUCUUCUGUCUGAACAACACGAGCGUUACAGCGUCUCUGAAUAAACAUGAUCAACCAGUGAAUGAUGAACUACAGAGAGUCAAAGAGCAGCUCAAAACCAGCAUGAAGAACAAGUAUGAGAGAUUAUUUGAGGGACUGAAACUCCAGGAGAAUGAAAGCCUCCUGAACAGCAUCUACACACAGCUCUACAUCAUAGAGGGAGAGAGAGAAGGAGUGAAUGAAGAACAUGAGGUUUUACAGCGGAGCCACUGCAUGAAUUCAGAUCUUACAGAUUUGUCUCUCU